CUAAAACUCAGGGAUGAAGAAGCGAUCAACGUAGGACACUCAGGAACAGUGGUGAGGAAAAUCUUAUAGAGAUGAUAUGGUCUUCCAACUUUGUUUCGGGACAAAUCAAGCAGUCUGGUUGAUGCAGUAACACAGAUAACAAAACCAGGAGGAAAAAUAAAUGCACAUACACCCCGAGGGAGUGAUACACCAUCUCAGACAAUCAAAUGGCAUCUCAGGAGAGCCAUCUGACAGCCACGCUUGUGACGUCCAUCCUGGGAGCGGUGAUCGGCUCCCUGCAGAUUGGUUACCACACUGGCAACAUCAACGCUCCAGCCAAGAUUAUCGAAGAGUUUUUCAACAAUACCUGGAGAGCCAGACACAACCAAUCAAUCUCAGAUCACAGUCUUACUUUCUUGUGGUCACUCUCUGUCAGCAUUAAAGAUUUUGGAGCCUUACUGGGCUCGCUGGGAGUCAAAUAUCUGGCAGAUUCUUACGGCAGGCGUAACUCCAUCCUGAUAGUUAACGGUUUGUCUGUGGUCGGAGCAUGUUUGAUGUUUGCCUCCAAAGCCAGCGAGUCAUUUGAGGUCCUCAUCCUAGGGCGACUGGUUUUCGGUCUGUUCUGUGGCCUGGUGAUGAGCCUUAACCCCCUCUAUAUCCAGGAAGUUUCCCCCACCAACCUCAGAGGAGCAUUUGCUACACUGAACCAGGUGUCUUUCGCUGCAGGCAUCCUGGUGGGUGUGGUGGCUGGUCUCGAGAUAGUGUUGGGCACAGAGCAUGACUGGGCCAUGAUGCUGUCCCUGUCUCUCAUCCCGGCCCUCACACAGUAUGUGAUCCUACCCUUCUGUCCUGAGAGUCCCCGCUAUCUGCUCAUCAACCGGCAAGAAGAAAUCAAGGCCAAAAGUGCCCUGCUGAGGCUGAGAGGCAGAGCAGAAAAUGUAUUUGCUGAGCUGGAAGAAAUGAAAGAGGAAGCUGCUCACACACAGAGUCGUGUCACCAUCCAGGAUUUCUUCAAGAAACGCAGCUACAGGCAGCCGAUCAUUAUCGUCCUGAUUGUUAGCCUGGGAAGCCAGCUCUCUGGAUUCAACGCGAUAAUCAACUAUUCCACCAAAAUGUUUCAGGCCAAGUUUGACCAGGCCAAAUAUCUCACACUGGGCGUUGGGGCCGUCAAUCUGACGUUCACUUUGGUAGCAUUCUUCCUGAUGGAGAGGGCAGGGAGGAGGCGGUUGCUCCUGACUGGUUUCAUCUCCAUAGCAGUGUGCAACUUAAUCAUGACCGUAGUCGAUUCUGUCCUGCAUCUGGUCCCAGAACUCAGAAGCCUACAAGUGCUGCUGGUUUUCUGCCUGACUUCAGCCUAUGAGCUGGGCCCAGGUCCGAUCUCCUGGUUCAUUGCUGCCGAGCUGUUCGACCAGUCUGGCAGACCUAUAGCCAUGGCCUUCAGUAGCCUGCUCAACUGGGGAGGGAAGUUUGUUCUGGCACUUCUCUUUCCUCCAUUACUGAAAAUCUGUGGUGCUUAUGUCUACCUCCUUUUUAUGACCGUGGCUCUGCUCGCCUUCACCUUCACCUGGAUUCGCCUCCCGGAAACAAAGGGUCGUACAUUUGAUGACAUCGCAGAGGAGUUCAGAGGAGCAGAGGGCAUCCCGUUGCACAAUAAGACUGUAUUCAACACUUUCACCUGAGCAACGUGUCAGUUUUGAUUGAUGCUGGUCAAUAAUCAGUGUGUGAGUCAAUUCAAUUUAAAGCAACAAAAAAUAUGCUACAAAAUUGUUUUGAAUAUAAAUCUGGUGCUCACAGCAUUGAAAAUUGACUUUUAAAUAACAAACCUUUAACACAAAAUAAGA